CUGAUAGACGGCACUGACUGGCAUCACUGCUGGGCACUGACUGGCGGCACUGACUGGCACAACCGCUGGGCACUGACUGGUGGCACUGACUGGCAGCACUGCUGGGCUGCACUGGUGGGUGGCACUGGUGGGCAGCACUGGUGGGUGGGCACAGGUGGGUGGCACUGGUGGGCACAGGUGGGCGGAACGUGUGGGUGGCACUGCUGGGCACGAUCAUCAGGGCACUGAUCAUCAGUGCCCUGAUGAUCGGUGCUGAUCCCGCUCUGACAACUGCCGGUUCUCGGCAGUACUUUCCUCACGAUCUGACAGCGUGAGGAAAGUGCAGCCGAGAACCGGCACUUGCAU